AUGGAGCAAGAAAUGUUGGAUUUAGAGAUUCAAACUGCUACUGAAGCUCCAGCUAUCUUCAAGGAAGCCAUUCAACCCGUCACAUUGAAGUUUGAAGACGUGGUUUACAAGGUCAAACUGAAGAAUAGUACCAAGAACGAAGAGAAAGUGAUCUUAAACGGUGUCUCGGGACUCGUUCAACCAGGGGAAAUCCUCGCCAUGCUUGGCCCCUCCGGGAGCGGCAAAACGACUCUCCUAACCGCACUUGGAGUGAUGGGGAGAUGGCCUGGUGAAAUGACUCUCCUCGGUGGCGCCAUAACCUACAACAACAAACCAUUCUCAAACGCAAUGAAAAGAAACACCGGCUUUGUAACCCAAGACGACUUUCUCAACCCCCACUUGACGGUCACCGAAACCUUAUUCUACACAGCCCUUCUUCGCUUGCCCAACACGCUAUCGAAAGCCAAGAAGGCUAUGCAAGCUGAGGCCGUGAUUAUACAACUGGAGUUAACCAAGUGCAAGAACAGCGUUGUUGGGGGUGAGUUCUUGAGGGGUGUUUCGGGUGGGGAGAGAAGAAGGGUUAGCAUAGGCCAAGAAUUACUCGUAAACCCUAGCUUGCUCUUCUUGGAUGAGCCCACGUCGGGACUUGAUUCGACGAUGGCGCAUCAGAUUGUGUUGGCAUUGUGGGAUUUGGCAAGUGGAGGAAGAACAAUUGUGAUGACCAUACAUCAACCUUCAAGUAGGAUUUUCUACAUGUUUCAUAAGGUGGUGUUGUUAUCGGAAGGGAAUUGUUUGUAUUUCGGAAAAGUAUCGGAGGUCAUGGACUAUUUUUCUGGCAUUGGCUAUGUCCCAUUGGUAGCUAUGAAUCCUGCGGACUUUCUGUUGGACCUUGCCAAUGCUGUCAAAAUCCUGAGAUUUAUGCAAGCAUGGUUUUACUUUUUGAUUACCCUACAAGUGCGCCAUGGUGCAGGUCUGGCACCUAAUGGAUCGCAUGAAAACAAAAGCAAGGUGAAGCAGAGCCUAGCCUUGGCCUAUAAGCACAACCGUUUAUAUAAUUUGAAAGCUCAACUUCAAGGGGAGCAACUUCAAGAAACCAACUCCAGCCAUUUUCAAGAUGGAUCAGAAGACAAGAACUUUGCGAAAUGGCCCACUACUUGGUGGCAGCAAUUCUCUGUGUUGCUUAGGAGAGGACUGAAAGAGAGGAGGCACGAGUCCUUCUCUGGUAGCCAGAUUAACCAGGUUGUGGCGGUGGCUCUUCUUGCUGGGCUACUAUGGUGGCAAUCAAAUAUUUCCCACUUGCAGGAUCGGACUGGGCUUCUCUUCUUUAUGUCUGAAUUUUGGGGGUUUUUCCCUCUGCUCCAAGCAAUUUUCACCUUCCCCCAAGAGCGCAAGAUGCUUGAAAAGGAAAGAUCAUCAGGCACAUUCAUGCUCUCCUCGUAUUUCAUAUCAAGGAUUGUUGCUGAUCUCCCCAUGGAGCUUGCCCUUCCAACCCUAUUUGUCACCAUAACAUAUUGGAUGGCUGGGCUCAAACCCACAGCAGGACACUUUUUCCACACCUUGCUUGUUCUGCUACUCAGUGUGUUAGUGGCUCAAGGCAUGGGGCUUGCUCUUGGGGCUCUGGUAAUGGACCAAAAAAAGGCCGCAGUACUUGCAUCAGUCCUCAUGGUGUCAUUUCUGCUAGCUGGAGGUUUCUUUGUUCAACAUGUUCCUGCUUUCAUUGCUUGGAUCAAAUACAUCUCCAUCAUUAACUACUCAUACAAGCUCUUGCUGGGAUCUCAAUACAAUGAAAAUGACACUUACCCAUGUGAUGGUGGACUGGGUUGUAGGCUAAUUGGUUUUUCCUUCCUAGAGAGUUAAACUGAGUGGUUAAAGGCAAUUGCUUUGGUGUGCCAUUUUGUUUAUGUAAAGCAUAAGUUAUGCUAGCCCUAUAGUUAUGUGCUACAUAUAGACUCAUUUCUUUUCUUCUGUCAUAUGUGUGAAAGAGAACAGCUAGGCUAAUGACGAAUUCAAUAAGAAAAUUUGUAUGUAG